AUGACGGAGACUGCUGUCAUCAUAGAUGAGAUUUCUGCCUUUGAGCAUCCAUCCUCUCCACACGAUACCGACUCCUUGGUUACUGUCCGACUAUCCGAUGUCGGCUUGAUUGACCAGCCAUACCAGCGAGAACCACAAGCCCUCUGCUCACUUGAUCGCACGGAAAGUGACUGCUCUAGCUUAUCCAGUCGAGCGACGAGCAUUAGCAAUGGCUCAGACUCUGCUGUCAACGACACCGUGGACUGGGAUGAAUUGGACAAGUCCGAAGAGCAGGAACCGCGGGACGAGGGUACAGAUGAGUCGACCGCGUUGCUGCUGGCCAGAUUGGAGCAAGAGAAUGCUGCUCUCGCUGGCAAUCCGAAAUGCGGUCUGGCCACUUCCCCUCGCCUACGUAGCAAUACUCGCCCACCCUCCAUGCAACAGCUGAAGAAACUCGUCAAUGGACGUGUGCGCAAGUCCCUUCGGUAUUCACAGGUGCCAGCUCCUCAGAUGACGGAGCUUGAGUUCUGGGCUGCUUUGGUGGCCGAUUACCCUCAAACUGCCCAAAGACUGCCAACCUUAACCUCGAACAAGAUCCGCGGCGGUGUCCCUCCCCCGCUGAGAGGCGUGGUAUGGCCAAGCAUAUCUGGAGCACGAGAUGCUCUGCUGCACGAAGAGUAUGAAAAGCUAUGUGGAGAGACUAGUCCUUAUGAAGGGCUUAUCGGAAAGGAUGUUGGAAGAAGUUUUCCCAGUGUAGAGAUGUUUCGAGAAAAAGACGGAGAAGGCCAGCAGAUGUUGGGUCGCGUCCUCAAAUGUUUCAGCUUGUACGACAACAAGAUUGGUUAUUGUCAAGGUCUGGGUUUUGUGGUGGGACCACUUCUGAUGCACAUGAACGAUGCAGAUGCCUUCUGUGUGCUUGUCAGGUUGAUGGAGCAUUAUGAUCUCCGUUCUUGUUAUCUACCAGAUCUGUCUGGCCUUCACCUUCGGAUCUACCAAUUUCAGCAUCUCCUGGCACAGCAUCUUCCAGAAAUAUCUAAUUAUCUCGAUGCGCUGAAGGUGGAGCCGCUGUAUGUCUCCCAGUGGUUCUUGUCCUUCUUUGCUGUUACGUGUCCACUUCCUAUGCUGCUGAGAAUCUACGAUGUUAUUCUCUCCGAGGGCGCGACGGAGACGUUAAUGCGGGUUGCUCUCUCGCUCAUGAAGCGCAACGAGAAGAAGAUUCUGGCUUGCAACGAGUUUGAGGAUGUGAUGCAGUUCCUUCUGUCUAGGGGUCUGUGGGAUACAUACGCUCAACAAGCCGACGAGCUGGUGGCUGAUUUCGUGUCACUUACCACCUUGGUUACCCGAGAGUCGCUACAGUCAUUGGAGCUCAGCUUCAAAGAAUCUAAAAGUCUGGCCAUUGUGCCGUCACUGAAAAGUGCAGCGUCACAACUACUCGGACGAUUUUGGGCUGGAUCGGCCCAUUCCUUUUCGAAGUCAGCCACCAGCCUAGUCCUUCCGCUCCCCUCUCCGUCACGGCCUACAAGUUCAAUCCGGAGAACGCCAUCAAAACAAAGCUUGUCUUCAACCAUCAACUCAUAUGAAGGCACCUCCGAAACCAGCACCUUAGCCACCGAGGUCUCCUUGACUCUGCGCAAGUCCGAUCAGGUCCAGUCCGAGAGCACAUCUUCUGAUCGAAGCAUUAUGGGUCAUAAAGAAAGAGACCUUGAAAAUCAAAUCGAAGACCUGCUCAAGGCAAUGUCUGACAUGCAGCGCCAGCAAAGCUCGUUGAUUAGCGAUCUGCAACGGGAGAGAGAGGAGCGGCAAGACGAUCGUGAUAUCUCCAGAGCGCUUGUUGAGUCUUUGAAGUCCAUGACUGAAGACAUGCGAGAGAUUGCAGAAGGGGAAAUGACAGAACAGGAGAAACGUACAGAAGAGCUUAUUGCCAAAGCAUGCCUACGGUUCUCCGCGUGUGAUUCGAAACGAACCUCUAUAUUGCAAUCAAAACAUCAGUUGCGUGAUGAGGCUGCUGAAUGGAAAGAAAAGCAUGACCUUGAGGCUGCUCGAUGCCAGGAAUUGAUGAAGCACCUUGAUGAACGGGAGAACGAGCAGUCGUCAUUGAGGGAACAGCUAAGGGAAGCUCGAGCUCGAAUUCAAGAUACUCACAAAGACAAGCAGCGGAUGGAGAGGACGAUCCACGACCUCCGUGGUCAGCGGUCACCCGUUCCGGAGUCUCCCAAUGAGGCCAGCCCUUCACCCACGGCAGAACUUCGCGAGCACAGGAUGUCCUUUGCUCCAGCAGGUCUUCGAGAGUUCAAGCUGGGCCGAGCCGAUAUCUCGAAAAAUGUGGCAUUCAACCAACGCUCUAGCAGCCUGAACAUGCAAGCGGUGACGGCUACCGAGAGCAAACAGCCUCCUGCCGAGGAUGCCCUGCUAUUGGAACUGGUCAAUGCCAAAACGUCAGAAGCGGUCGCGAGACAGGAGCUUGAAGAAGUCAAAGGCAAGCUUGACGCUUUGAAGAAGAUUGUCAGCGGUCAGGCUGCAUCCUCUUCAGUGAUUGCCCGUGCCGUUACGAUUGAGACGAGUAAUCUUCACCAACCACAUGAGGCAAAGACGCCUUCAACGACUCCGAAAAGCGGCAUUUCCAGCGCUGCAGGUGGAUUUUUCAGUGGUUGGGGCAAGCGGGCUGCCACUAGCUCACCUUGA